UGUGGAAUGUAAGGCUGCUAUCUGGAGGAGCGGAUAAGGAAGCAAAGAAUGGCAGCCAACUUUACCGUGUCAGUGGACGAGGUCUCCUGCCCAGUGUGCCACGACAUCUUCACCUGCCCUGUUGUCCUGUCGUGUAGCCACAGCUUGUGUAAGGACUGUCUGCAGCAGUGCAGGACAGCCGGCUUCCAUAAAUGUCCGCUGUGCCAGAGAGCGUGUCCCCCCGGGACCGAGCCCCCUGUUAACCUGGCUUUGAAGAAUCUCUGUGAGCGGUUCCACCUGGAACAGGAAGUCGCAGGGGGCUCGGAGACUCUCUGCGGUCGGCACGGCGAGAAACUGAAGCUCUUCUGUCUGGUGGAUAAACAGCCGAUAUGCGCCGACUGCGUGCCGGAUUUGCACGACCGUCAUGAAUGCUGUCACUUAAAGGUAGCAGUGCACGACCAUAAGAUGAGGAUGCAGGCGGCCCUGAAGCCCUUACAGGAGAAGCUGGAAAACUUUAAAAAGAUCAGUGAAACUAGAGAUCAAAAACUGCAUCACAUCAAGAGCCAGGUUCAGCAAACAGAGAAGCAGAUCAAAGAGGAGUUUCAGGAGCUGCACCAGUUCUUGCACCAAGAGGAGGCAGCCAGGAUCGCAGCCCUCAGAGCGGAGGAGACACAGAGGAGCCAGACUCUGAGCAGGAAGAUGGAGGAAGUGGUCAGAAAGAUGAAGGCCCUUUCAACCACAGUCAAAGCCAUAGAGCAGGAGAUGGGCAAAGAUGAUGUUUCAUUCCUGCAGGUCAGAGAAAAAGCAAGAUACAAAUCAAAAUGUUAUUUUACACACUUGGCAUAUAGGAGGCGGAGUACAGGUAGAAUCUUAGGAAUAUGAUUCAAUAGAAAGAGAAAUCACAAAGUACACACACGCUUCGAGCUGUAGAAUGUAGUCGGAGAAUUAUAUCUUCCUGCCAUUUUUGUUGAGGUUUUUCUGAUAAAGGUUG